AUGACGCAGGCAGAAGGCUUCGACCGUGCGUCAACCGUAGUUCUCAGCGGUUUUCAACCGGAGUACACCGUGGACGAUUGCCGGGCUUUCGCAUCCUGGUUUUCACCGGUUAUACACGUCGAACAGUUGCCAAUUGUUGAUGGCAAAGUGCGUUUUGCUGUAGUGUUCGCGUCAACAGCUCACGUUGAGCAGCUGCUGAAGUACAAAGAGAUAUCGGUAGAAAACGGAGUGGUUGAAGUCACUGCUCCUGAUGAAAGCGAUACCGUAUGGAACUCGGUUGGCGACAUGAUGACGUACGCCACUGCGGUUCCAAUCUUCCAAAUGGCUCAAGAUGGUCUCAACGUGGCGCUCAAUCAACUGUCUUUGAGCUGGGGUGGUUAUCUCGGUCAUUAG